AUGUGUGAUGUGUACUUGAUCGUCCCACCUUCACCGCCUCUACAGCAGCCCAAGACUGCCUCGCGACCAGCAACACCCGCAGCGAAUACACGGCCGGAUUCUCCAACCGUUUUCCCACCACCCUCUGGUUCCGACUUGGAUAUCAUCAACGAUCGAGCUCUUACUCCCACCGAGACCACCAACUACUCUGAAGGGCACUUGAACAGCAUGGUCUCUGCUGAGCCAUCCUCCAAGACUUCAUCCAACAACCCUCAGUCCUCUCAGCUUACCAUGACCGACCUGAAUUUUAACAACCUCAACAAUUUAGACAUAAUCCCCACCCAAGGGGGUGUAAUGACUACUAUGAAUCCUUUGACCACUGCUUCUACUGACUCUACCAGCAAUAUCAUUGAUAACCCCUGCUUGCCUUCAGCCCCAUUGCCUAUUGAUCCCACUCUUCCUUUACCUUCUGUAAUCAACAACUUAGACCCAGUCUGUCACCAGACCCAGCUAAUCAUACCACCUGCUCAACCUGACAACGUCGAGGUAGCUGCGGUUGGAGGCAUUGAAAUUUUAGAUAAUGACAACAGCAAUUCUACAGAUGCCCGACUAGCCCCAGAAUAUUCACAAGCAACUCUAGAUUACUAUAAUGACAUCCAAGAGUACCUCCAGCAGACCAAUGCAGAUGAGACUGAAAUGAAGAAGAAAAAGAAAAAGAAGAAAAAGAAAAAGGCCAACCCAACUUCAACACCCAAAAAUCCAAUUUUAUUUUAUGUUUGA